AUGUUCCAACACAGAUUAUAUCCACACAGUUUAUUCUUUAUCCUGCUAUGUUGCUGUGCCUUCUGUACGCCAGCUCUUGCCGAUAACAACGGCGCUCAAUUCGAGUCAAUGCAACGAUCGUCGAUUUUAUUUGGCUUGACAACAAUCAGUCGCCCAGAUUUGGUUAGUGCAAGUUGUUAUGGACAACUGCAGAUUAUGCAAAAGGCCAUACUGCAACAACAACCGUGGGCAAUUAAAAUGUACGAUGCUGCAGGUUCCAGGGAGCCUGGCUUUGUGUUAGGCAACGGCUUAUGGCUGGGCAGCCGGGACACUUGUGAUGCCGUUAAACAGCCAGUCAAUCUCAAAAUAUCUAAACACUUACCACACAAAAUGGAUACGAAACUAAUCACAGACAUUGCACCAUUCCCCGUCGACUUCCGCGUCGUCCAUCUCUGGCAUAACUCUACUUUGCAAAUGGAUCCAAUUUUACCAUACUAUGAACCACGCGUCUCUAUCGGCCUUUGCCUGCCAACCGCAUGCACACUUUCCGAGAUAGCCCAACUAAUGGACAUUUAUGUAGAGGAUGAAAUAUUUUUAGCGAAUGAUAUUUUUAAUUUGCGGUUACGUGUAGACAGCGUUAAGGAACUGAAAAUGCGUCCGGGAUCUUUAGCGCGUCCUUCGUUCAUCAUUUUAUCUGUGUCCUUGUUCUUGACGCUGCUACUGACAGUCGUGGCUUUAUCGCGGCGCAUGAGGAGAAAUAAUGAAACUGCUGGUAUGGUGGCUGACGGUGAUCGAAAGAAGAAUGGUGCAGGUGUUGCGGUGGCGAAGCCUAAAUCGAGUGCACAACCUUUGACUGGCAAAGGAUAUUUGGAUUGUUUUGAUGUGCUAAACAACUUUGAAUUGCUAUUUCCAGCUGGUGAAGAUGGUGUAAUAGAUGGCAAUGAUGUAUUUCCUGGAGUGAAUGGCUUGCGUUGGUAUGGUGCAAUGUGUGUGAUUCUAUAUCACCAGCUUUGGGUUACCUUUAUGGCGACGAGCAAUAAGUCGGAACAAUUCAAAUUCACCAAUGAUUUGGGAAAUUUUGAGGUCUUCGUGGAUUUAUUCUUCACAAUAAGUGGCUUCCUGCAGACAUAUCAUUUCUUCCGGAACAGCAGUACAAUUGAGAAAAUACGCAAAUCUGACUUAUGGAUGUGUGUGAAGUUAAUAUUCAUGUACCUAGCGCAUCGCUUGAUAAGGCUUCACACACGCCCAAUGAAUCAUUACUUUGCGAAUUGUGUUAAAGCAUUAGUGCCUGUCUGA